AUGUCUCAUAUUCGCCUGCUUGCUAGUGGGUUUGUGCUUGGAGUGUUGAUGGCUGUGACGCUGACGGUUGCUGAACCACGCAACCACCGCAAGAGAGAAGCCCCGCUCAGCUCGUCUUACGGACCACCUUCGAGCGGUGGAGGCGUACCAUCAAGCUCAUACGGAGCACCAUCUAGCUCGUACGGAGCGCCAUCUAGCUCACAUGGAGCACCAUCCAGCUCAUAUGGAGCCCCAUCUAGUUCAUAUGGAGCACCAUCCAGCUCAUAUGGAGCCCCAUCUAGCUCAUAUGGAGCCCCAUCUAGCUCAUAUGGAGCCCCAUCUAGCUCAUAUGGAGCCCCAUCUAGCUCAUAUGGAGCCCCAUCUAGCUCAUAUGGAGCCCCAUCCAGCUCAUAUAGACCACCGUCAAGUUCCUACGGCGCUCCAUCAUCAGGUUCACAUGGCGGUUCAAGUGGAAGCAUUUCUUCUUCGUAUGGAGCCCCAUCUUCAGGCUUUCAUGGCGGUUCUGGAGGUGGUAUUUCUUCAUCUUAUGGUGCACCAUCUUUGGGCUCACAUGGUGGUUCAGGAGGUGGUAUUUCUUCAUCUUAUGGCGCACCAUCCUCCGGAUCGCAUGGCGGAUCAGGAGGUGGGAUUUCUUCGUCCUACGGCCUUCCAUCUUUCGGCUCAGGAGGUGAAAGCGGAGGUGGCAUAUCUAGUUCUUACGGCGCACCAUCCCCAUCAGACUCAUAUGGAGCCCCCGGCAGUGGUUUCGGUAGCAGUGGUCCGUCUAGCAGUUACGGAGCACCAUCUAGCAGCUAUGGGACACCUUCUAGCAGCUAUGGAACGCCGUCUUCGUCAUACGGGACACCUAGCAGCGGUAGCUAUAGCUCAGGUGGAUUUUCUGGCGGUCAUGGUUCUAGUGGCGGUUUCUCAUCUAGUGGUUCUGGAGGAUAUAGUUCUGGCUUCUCAUCCGGGGGUGGUUCAGGAGGCUACUCAUCCGGAGGACACGGUUCCGGCGGUUCAGGUGGUUACUCUUCAGGGGGUGGAUCUGGUGGAUACUCGUCAGGAGGUCAUAGCUCAGGAGGCUAUUCUUCAGGGGGUGGAUCCGGUGGAUAUUCCUCAGGAGGUCACGGCUCAGGAGGAUACUCUUUGGGAGGUGGAUCAGGUGGAUACUCUUUGGGAGGUGGAUCAGGUGGAUACUCUUCGGGAGGCCACGGAUCAGGGGGCUACUCGUCAGGAGGCGGAUCCGGUGGCUACUCCUCGGGAGGUCACGGUUCCGGUGGUUAUUCUUCAGGCAGUUCAGGCGGCUAUCCCAGUGUACCGGCUACUAUCAGCCAAAGCUACGACUCCAGCGGCGGUUACGUGUACUAAGAUUUUCCCAACAAAGUCAAGCUGUGGAUAACGGUUGCUAUUAGUCAAUUAUCAGUCAACAAUUCACAAGUUUACCAAAAGGCGCGAUCAGUAUUAAGAGUUACCAAGAUAUGUGCGAAAAAUGAGCAACGAAAUUUAGCGGAAAUCUGAAGUAUCUUCCUCACGCCACCAGGUUGUGUUGUGUAUUCUGAGCAACGUCUGCUCAACCUUAUAACAUCAAGUUUCGACAAUCGCUAAUUCAAAACUAUUUAUAGGUUCUAUUUAAUUUGUAGCAAAGAAAUGUACAAAAAUAUAAUUUAAGUUAAGGAUUUUAUAAAUAAUAAAAUUUGUAAAUAACUA